GGUUGUGCGUCCCGUCGGCGUGUGUUACAAGGAGAUCGUACCUGCACAGUUACCAGUAAAAUGGCGAGCUGGUGUGUCCGAGCAGUGAGACAGAGCUACUCAUUAGUAGCUUCGCCUGCGCUUAUACGAGCAUCUCCACGAUUGUUAUGUACAGCCACCCAGCAGAAGAACGGCCACGGGCCGGAGGAGGAGGCUGAGAAGCCAGAGCAGAGUGCAGCAGAGAAAGUCCUGGCGGAGGAGAAGACCCAGCUGGAGGAGCAGCUCAAGGACAUGACAGAAAAGUACAAGCGGGCCUUAGCAGACACAGAGAACCUCAGGACGCGGAGUCAGAAGAUGAUAGAGGAUGCUAAAUUAUACGGGAUCCAGGGCUUCUGUAAGGACCUGCUGGAGGUGGCUGACAUCUUAGAGAAGGCCACAGAGAGCGUGCCCAAGGAGGAGGUGACGAGCCAGAACCCCCACCUGAAGAACCUGUACGACGGCCUGGUGAUGACUGAGGUCCAGAUCCAGAAGGUGUUCACCAAGCAUGGCCUGGUCAGGCUCAACCCCGACGGCCAGAAGUUCGACCCCUACGAGCAUGAGGCCCUCUUCCACGCCCCUGUGGAGGGCAAGGAGCCUGGCACCGUCGCCAUAGUAACCAAAGUGGGCUACAAGAUCCACGGUCGCACCCUCAGGCCAGCGUUGGUGGGUGUGGCCAAAGCCCCCUAGAAAUGAGGAUGAAACUGUGACACAGUGGGAUUUGUUUUGUUGCCUGGGCGAUGGACGACCUCGGGUACAGACAGGUUAAGGCACCCUGCCACCCUAUUCCCACGGACGUGUCCUCACACUACCCCUCCACCCUAAGGUGCCUCACAGAGACGGGAAUCCAGCUGAACUGAACUUUGUAUCUGGACAAUACUCAUCUGUUUUUAACAGAUACACAACACUUUGUCUGGCACAGGAGAGUCUUUACAGUAAAAUUUCAGUUUGUCAUCAGUCAUGUGAGUCAUUUCAGGCAGUUAUUGUCUCCUCCUACCGACAUACAUCUUCACUGGAAGAGAAGCAGUUGAAAUAUUUUUCACUGACUUCAAACAAAUAAACUAAUGAUCAUAAACCCCUGCAAUUUCAAGACUUUUCUUGGGUGAGAGAUGCUGUAAAAUCCAUCCAUAAACGGAGCACUGAUUCUGAACUUAUCAUUCCGGACUUUUGUUUAAAGCCCUAAUAAUCUCUAACUGGUGGUCUUUUUUUUUUUUUCUUUGUGAGUUUUCAAUUCAUUGUGUGAAUACAGCGAGGAACAGUGCUUGAGGAUCUGAAGGAAGGUUGACAUUUUACUGUGUACUGAGGUGAGCUAUCCAGAGCCUUUAUAGUAAAAUUCUUUCUGUGUUUUAGUUUAUAUGUGAUCAGGCUCCGGUGAGUCCGCCUCAGUCUCAGUAAUGUCCCUGUGCCACAGUGUGGCUCGGUAGUGUUGGACAGUGAUGUAACAACUUUAUCUGUAAACCAUUAGAAAAAUUAUCUAUAUGGACCUUUGUCCAAACUGUCACAGCAUCAGAAUAAACUGAUCAGCUUUGACCUGUUGUUUUGUUUGUCUUACACACGUCUUCAAAUAAAAUG